AUGAUAACUUCAACUUUGCUGAUACCUGUUUGCAAUGAAUCUGCAUACCGUGCCUGGAUUUGUGACAAUGUGUUCAGAUGUAUCAUUAUGGAUAAUAGACCAACAUCAAGAGUAAAUCAGCAAUUCAGAGCUUGUGACCUAACCACAAAUAUGCUAGUGGACAUACUUGCUGAAAUUCCAAGUGAUACUGAGUCGGCUGCUUCGGAUACUGGAAGUGAAUCAGGCGAAACUGAUGAAGAACUUCAACUUCUUUUACCUGAUGAGAGCGUAGUUGAAUUUGAAGAGGAUUUGAAUGAAGGUGUUUGUGCUGAAAGUGACUCUGUUCACAUACUGUCAAAUGCAACAACUAAGUUUUCACAGGAAUAUGGUUCAAAUAUCUCAUCUAACAAAUCAAGUUCCACUGAAAUAUUUGGUUGCUUAUUUGGUGAUGAUUUAUUAGACCAUCUAGUGUAUCAAACAACUUUAUAUGCAACUCAAAAGCUUGGAGGUUCCACAGUUUUCAAACCAACCGAUAUUAACGAAAUGAAGAAAUUUCUUGCAAUAAAUUUACUAAUGAGUAUAAAAAAAUAUCCUUCAUAUAGGGAUUAUUGGUCCACUGAUCCAGUUCUCCAUGAAUCAUAUAUUUCAGAUCUCAUGCCUCGGAAUAGAUUUUCGUGGUUGCUAGGCCAUAUUCAUGCAAAUGAUAACAGCCAGCAAUCAAAAAAGGGAGAAAAAGGCUUCGAUAAAUUGUUCAAGAUACGCCCACUAUUGGACUAUCUUAGCAAGAGGUACACAGAAAGUUAUAAGCCAACAGAACACCUUGCUGUGGACGAAUCAAUGAUUCGUUUCAAAGGUAGAUCCAGCCUCAAGCAGCAUAUGCCACAAAAACCCAUAAAACAUGGGUACAAAGUUUGGGUACUGGCAAAUGAAACUGGUUAUGUUUCCAAAUUUCAGCUUUAUACUGGGAAAAUUGGUCAGGAGGUAGAAAAGUGUAUAGGUGCCAGAGUUGUAAAACACCUUAGUUCAGAAUUAACAGGAAAGCAUCACAAGCUGUACUUUGAUAAUUAUUUUACUUCUGUACCCCUGAUGCUCGAUCUGAAGAAACAAGGAAUAUAUGCCUGUGGGACAGUGAGGAAAGGCAGAGUUGGGUUCCCAAAAGACUUCGAAAAUGAAAAGAACAUGUCCCGUGGAGAGUUCCAGUUUCGUUGUAGUGGCCAAGGUAUCAUGGCAUUGAUUUGGAAAGAUCGUAAACAAAUACAGUUUCUUUCAAACUUCCACAACAUUGAAAAUAUGAACACAGCAUUUCGGAAAUCCAAAGAUAGUUCUUGCACAGAAAUUUUGUGCCCAGAUAUUGUAAAGGAUUACAAUACCUAUAUGGGGCUUGUAGAUAAAUCCGACAUGGUGAAAUCACUCUAUGAGAUUGAUAGAAAAAGCAAGAAAUGGUGGCACAGAAUUUUCUGGCACUUUCUUGAUGUCACUGUUGUAAAUUCCUGCAUCAUUUAUAAUGAACAUUGUGAUAAUGAUCAGAAAACUCUGAAGCAAUUCAGACUGCCUGUAGUUGCUAGUCUAGUUGUAGCAAUUUCGUCAUCAACUCCUAAUCGCAAGAGAUCUCAGAUCUAG